AUGGCAAAUCUACUAACUUUACUGACAUUUUUGGCGACUUUCUUUGGAUUAAAUGGAGCUUCGUUGAAUCUGCGGCCUAGGCAGUUCGUCAAUGCCGGUACGUUAUUUUUUCUUCUUGAUUUUUUUUUUCGGUUUUUCGAUGCUCUUUGUACUGUUGCUAUAGUUUCUCUGUUGAUUCCAUCAGUAUUUAAAAACGAAAUUAUGUUUUAGUAGAUUUUUAUGUUAUAUUUUCGUACUUUGUACAACUGCAAGGGUAUUUUUCCAAAGUCUAUCAUUAUUUUAAGACAAAAAUAAGCUUCGAGAAGAUUUAUCGAGUUUUUCCUAGCGCCAUGUGUUCCUCAGGCGUUAUUUUCGCGGUUUUCUUGGGUCAAAGUUGGGUUUUCUUAAGUUUAUGAUAUUUUUCAAGUAGUUUCUUGGUUAUUUUGUUUUUGACAAACUCAUUGGGUUAUAUUGAUAAACUUUUUGAGGAGUUUUUCAAAAAAAUGUAACUGGACAGAAGUUUGAUUUUUAAGGCUGCUUCGAUCGUUUUUUGGUUUUUUGGAUCAUUCUUUAUAAUUCCUCCUUUUUCAAAGAUCUUGGUAGAGAAGCUAAGAGGUCACUCUAAAGUUUAUGAAAGGCGUGGGCUGUUUCGAUACUUUUUCAAAAAUCUUUUUCGGAUAACUGCAAAGACACUUACAACCGUGUCUCUAGAACGGUUUUUAUCUCAACCGGCCAUCGUGUUGUUCCAAUCGCGAUCCCAAAUCUCUCUCGUCUUUUGCACGGAGCGCUCCUCGCUCCAUUUUGUGCCGACCUCACUUUUUGAGGUUAAGAAAAAUAAGGUACAGAAGUUACGAUAACCAUGUUGUUCGGCCUCGUUUGGUAUCUAAUCUUCUUUCCUCGCGGUUUUUGAUUGGAACCUGAGAACGGUUCUUGUGACUUUUGAUGAGUUUGAAAAAGGGGCUUUUUGAGACUUUUGAUGCGUUCAAAGCUGGAUUUGAAGCUGUUUCUUCGUUUUGGUUUUAGCUUGAGUUUAUCGGUCAAGAAUCCAGUUUAGUGGUUUAAAGGAGCAUGGGUAUUUUUAUAAAGGUCUUGAGAAGAAAAAUUAGUACCAUUCCGAGUCGUGCUAACUUUUGCGUCUUCCAAAGUCUUCCUAGAACAGACUGUACCUUCAAAGUUCGCUCCAACAGUUCUGCACCUUUAACUUGACAAACCUUUUUUUUCGAGGUUGCGUCAAAACCAGCCGAUUCUCUUUCUCUCGUUUUCCGUAUCAAAAACGCAUCGGCACCAUCAUUUCCGCUCGAUUUGCCCACCCAGCGAACGGGUAAAAGGUGCGGCGUCUUGGAAAAGAUUAUGGAAUCGGAAAGGAACGAAAAAAACAAUAAUCGGUACGUCUUCUUUGAUGCCCUGGCAGGCGUGAUUUUCACGCCUCCUUGACGGUUCAGACGAAAGGACAAAGUGUGAUAUUGUUAAUUUACAGUUUGCCGGGGUCUUUCGAGGCUAAUUAUCUUUCCUUGCAUCCUACAAAGCAAAGGAAAAGUUUUGGGUUGAGGGCAUCUGGCAGAAAGGGACUUAAAGACGUCCUGAUUCAAGAUCAGCUUAAAAAUCUGCUCCCCUUGUAUUCCAGUAGUAUUAUCAAGCCUGAACAGGUCAAAGUUUUCCUUUUCUCUGUAAUCGAAUUUGAAAUUUCACAACUCUACUGAAAGAUAAAAAUAGUCUUUUUUAUUGGUUUUUCUUUUCUCUUUCGGAUUCAAGAUAUCUCUAAAUACCUUCCAGUUUCAACAAAUUUUUGAGAUUUUCCUCAUAUUUUUCAUGAAAAUCGCAACUCAAAAGGGUUAAUAUGUUCUUUUCGGGCAAAGAUUUCAAAUUAGCACGUUGACUUUUAAGAUACAACCUUGAAUUUCAAAAAAGAAAACAUUUUUAUCAUACACCAUCAAGUUUUCCAACUUUCCAAGCUGAGAACACGAAGCAAAGGGUGAAUAAUCACUGAUGCGUUGACCUGAAAAGAACCAAGGAAAGGAACUCGGAAGGGUCAGCGCACAUUGUGACGGACAGAGCUGGUUAGGAAUGGUGUAACAAUGGACGGGGGAGAGCUGAGGUUAAACGGACACGCUAAGUGUGACCUGCGCCUUUUUUCUUGCUCUUUUUUCUGGGGACAUGCAACUUUGGCUUCGUGGAGAAACCGCCUAAAGUUGAGAAUUCGAAAAAGAAAUAGGUGUGCGACCCAAAAAGACUUUGAAGCUUCUUAAGGGGGUAUUUCCAUUUUUCGGAGAAUCUAUCAGACUGAAUAAAUUUUUGAAAAAGUUUCUUCAAAUCUAAAGCCACUUAGAAAGUGCAAUAAAACCUUCAAUAAUCUCAUACAGAAAUUUUAAGUUGAAUCGAUCCUACUUAACGGCUUAUUGUGCACCUAAUUUAUUAGAAAGUUCGAGUAUACCUCCGGCAAGCACUCGAGUUACACUAUCCCCCAUUGAUUGAACCUUUAAGAGUCGCAAAAACGAACUUAAAAGUCAACUGCGAACAAGUUUUCCUUACUAAAUCAGCUGUCUAGAAUAAUGGGCCAUCUUUCUCGCCUUAUCACCUCCUUCAAGGAAGUUUCCUUUCUCUCCUUUUUAGCUAGGUUGGAAAAAAAAAGUUUGACUUUUGUUUCGAUCAAACGGAAGUGAUUUCAUCAUUUAUUGUUGGAAAAUACUGAAAACGUUCACAUAUCACAUAUUUGUCAUAUUCAUCCUGCUUGUACAGGUUUUGAACACGUCGGAAGGUGAAAAGGCGACUCUUUGUCGCGGAUUUCGAGGGUGAAAGGCUAUGAAAAGGAGAAAAAAGGUCAAGGAUUGAAUUGGACCACUUUUUUUGGGUUAUUUUUUUAUGUAGGCUGAAAAACUCAGAAAGCAUUGAAUCCCAAUAUUCUGUUUGAACCGCUUUAAUUUUUUCGAAUACGCUCUCAGCGAUUUUCACGUCCUGAUUCGGAACCAGCGUGAAGAAACUGGAUCUCGCGAUCCUGGUUUCAUUUCAAAGUCUCAGUUUUAAACCCUAAAAAAAGGAAAGUUUAUUAGGAACGUUUUUGCUCGAUUUUUUGAUUUUUCUUGGCGAAGAACAAAAACAGGAAAUCGAAAACUCAAAAAACUAGAACUUCAAAGCUUGAAGGGGAAUCGAUUCCAACGACUCCGAUUUUAAUCUCAUCGAGAGUAUGAACUUCUCACGUUGCAUACGUAUGUCCACACACAACAACAAGAAGAAGAAGUUUGCUUUUGGGCCCAACACCCGGCGGACCGAACAAACUAGAGGGGUUCCCACCAAAACGAAAACGCCACACCUGUAACCUUGAGGAAUCGAGGUUAAAUCGAAAUGAGAAAUUUUAGUCGGAUUUGUGAGGCGGGUGUAGAAAAUACAGAAACGGCUCUUGGUGAUGAUUGUUUUGCGAAAUUUGAUCAGCUAAGUUGGUCUAGAGAAAACUACACCUCCGGAAAAAUAGUUUGCGCUUCAUUGAUAAUUAUUCAGUUUUGAGAUUAAGGCAAAAGGCGUUGAUAUUUGUAUGGGCAUUUAUUUUCACCCGCAAACGGCUAUGAAAGAAAAAAUAGGGUUUGUGAGCUCUGCUCAACAAUAAUUUGAAAAGUGAUAUUUUUAUUCCUUUUUUCCUAGUGAUUUCACGGGAGUUUGUUAAGAAAUCCCUGAAAAUCAUACAAAUCAACUAAAAAAAAGCAAGAUUUUUUUGCUAGGAAAUACUUCCAUAGGUUUUUUUAGAAAUAUGUCAAAAGUCUUUGAAGUUUUUUUCCAUUCUUCUCCAAAACCUGUUAGCUUGAAAACCGCUUACCCACCACAUUGUUUAGGUUUUAGGCCCAAAAACAAAGAUGAGAAUGUCGGCAAUCUUCAAAAAGCCCAGGGCCGCUACCAGAUGUCUCCUUCCUCCUCUUAUUCCUCCUUCAUUUCUUGCGUUUUUCCAUCCGCACAUUCGAGGGCGUUUCAAGGUGGUGCAGAUUGACCUUUGAGUGGCAUUGGCCGCGUGGAAAUGGGUCUUUUGCGGUUUUUGCCCAAGAAUUUUUGCUUUUCUCAUUUCACAUUUCGAUUUGCAUAGCUUCAUUUCACGGCGAAAUGAAAAGAAUACAUUUUCUCGCUGAGAAAAUGGAACUUUUUGGUUUAAGAAUCCUUGAGCAAAUGGUUGAGGUUUUUUAUAUUUUUUAAAAACGACAGGCUCCGGGACUUUAAUGGAAACUUUCACUUUAAGGGGCCCGGAAUCAAAAUCUCAAAAAGGCUGUCUUUUUUUUGUUUUUCAGCCGAUUUAUGGGAUCUCAAAGUUCCUAUGCUACUCAUUUAAUGGAAAAAUGAUGACUUUUCAUAACUUGGCUGGAAGGCAAAAGCUGGAAAAAGGCGUUUCAAAGUGGUGCAGAUUGAGCAGAAAAGGAGAAAAAGCUUUCCCGUGUUGGAAUCAGGGACAAAAUUUCCUUACUAUUAGAAGAAUAGUCGAACCGGUCAGGUUUUCUGUAGACCUUUCCCACAUCCUCUAUAAGCUUCAAAUUGCUUCCAAUAUUUCAUCAAACGCUAUAAUUCGCGUCGAAAACCAAAGUGAUGGAUCUGAAUUUGGUAGCCUACAUAAAUAAGCAGCUGCCUUGUGAGAAAUUGGAAAGCUGUGGCAUUUGAGGAAGGGAAUUACCAUUUAUUUAUUGGAACCCAAAAUGGAAAGAGUGGACAUGAUUGACAGGCUGUGGGGUGUGACAAGUGACCGUUUGCGCAACAGUGCACAUAUAUUGCGAUCCUUCUUGGCGAUUUGCCAACAAAAACGAUGGGAAGAAGGUGUGUCAGCAUUGGUUGACAUUCUCAGGUCACCGAUGUUGUGUCUUUUUGUUUUUGAGUGGCCUUUUUGGUUUGGAGCUAGGUUGAGAGUACUUUUUCUCGUCUUUUUGUUUUUUUAUAAGUAUGAAUCGAGGAGAAAACUUCUGAAUGAUGGAAAAAAAAUCCAUAGAGAAAACUUGCAGUUAGUACAAGAUUUUAAAAGUUUUUCCUUCAAAAUUUCAAGAUCAUGUUGUUACAAAAAUGCUGAGUUUGACGUAAAUUAACAUAUACAGAACUGCAAUAAGAAGCUGACACGUGUGAACAGACUGUCAUUUUUUGAAAACUCAGGCAACCAUCGGAGCUAAAAAAAAAAAGGACAACUUUUUGAUUCGUUUCAUAAAUCUGCUAUAACCAUCGACUUACUAAUUUUUCUAAGAUUAAAUUUCUCGGACUUUCUGAGCUUUUCUUGUGGCAAUUUAAGCGGCGUCAGCACUUUUAAGUGAUCAUUUCAUAUGCUCUGAAACUUUGGGACGCACCCGGUUUUUUUUUCCGAACUCCGAGCUGGUCAAAAAGGCCAAUUUAUCCACUAACAGUUGAUUCUCCAUUACCUUACUCAAAUUUCUAAAGAUUCCAUCAUCAAAACAACAAGAACAAUCACACAACCUAAUGGUAUUUGUUCCGUGGAAGGAGACCCCAAUACAUUAUAUAUUUGGCGUUGUUUGUUUGCGGGCGACAACACGGUUUCUUCUUCUUGUGUGUGGAGACAAGUGAGCUGAAAGUGGAUCUCCGAGGAGCGAGCCUAAGUCUUCUCCUCCCCUCAUGCUCGACAAAAGAACGUGUGCUCUCGGUGUGAAGAUGGUGAUGGUCCUGAGCCGAUCCAAUUCGAAUACAAUCGCAAUGGGAACACAAUGUCAAUACGUAGUUCUUCCUGCGGGGCGGAUUAUUCCAUUUUUAUUGUUUGUCCGUAAUAUUUGGCAUCGAGAGAAGCUUGUGGAGUUCGGAAAAAGUUUAUUUAAUUUUUUCCUCUGCUAAUAAAGUUUCCAAUAAAAAAAUCCCGGAUACCGGCAAUAAAAAAAUCCCGUCAGUCUUACUUCAUUUCUUGCGGUUUUCUGAAAAAUAUUUUUCCUUUUUGGUUUAAUUUUCUUCAUGUUUUCUUCUUUGGAGAUCGUAAAAUAACCAAAAAAUUACUUCAUUAGAAUUGAACUCGCCACUUUUUUUUCUGAAAAGCACACAUAUCACUAAACCAUAAUCCCUCAAAAACAUGAGAAAAAAAAAACCCAAAACUUUUUUCUUUUGCCGACGCGGCCUAUUAGAACGCCAAACGACAAGGAUUCGGCCAAUAAAGGCAAUGGACCAAAUGGCUUGGCCGUUAAAUGUGGGAGAACCUGAAGAAGAAGAAGAGCCAGGACAGUUGCAAAAAUCUGUCUUUUCGAAACUCAUUACGCGCCUGAACGCUUUGUACGACGCGCUAAGACUCCUGGGAGGCCAUCACAAUGGCAUUUUAAUUUCGAGCCGACUCAGCCUCGGUUGAUUUGAUGGGGAGAGAGUUUUCGUAAAGUUUUUGAUGGGCGUGGAAAUAAUUGAGAAAGAAAUUAUGGUGAAUCUUGAAGUGAUGAUUUUCAGGGAAGAGUUAGGUUUGAUGAUGAAUCUGUCAGGAAUUUUUAACUUUAAAAGCCACCUUAAAAAUUCCAAAAAUCUGGUAGAUACUGGAAUUGAGUGAAGAUGAAAGGUUAUGCUUUGAAAAACUUUUCCGAUAACUCUUAAAUGACACGAACUUCACAAAAGUCCCAAUUUUUGGUGUUCUAAACUAAUAUGACGCCGUUAGUCCUUAAUAUUACCCAUUUGAUGGCCGCAACUUGUUCGGAUCUGUAUGUUGUGUACGUUCAUAUCGGUGUGAAAUCUUCUUCUUUUUAAUUGAACGAGUUUGACUGGCGACUUCCGACAGGGAUAAUUAUUUGGAAAGGGAUGAAAGCUAAGGAAUUUAAAAAAAUCUUUGGGGAUGCUGCGAAUAAACUUUUUCAUCCUUCUUUCGGGUUCCGUACCAAAAUACGGUGGUUUUUGGCGUUGCGCAACACGGAGACGAUCCUAAAAUCUAGCCUAAAUACGAGGCAGAUUACGCACUCGAUGGUGGCCAUCGAGGGACGAGCUUCCGGAGACGAUUGCGCAACGUUCUCGCCGGCCGGGAUCCUCUUGUUCCGCGCAGAUCAAAGGAAUCCGGCCGCCUGAAUGCCUACAAACGAACAAGGCUAUCGGAAAGAUUGCGUUGAAGUUGAUUUGAUUGAGCCGAGCUUUUUUGCUGGGCAUGAUGAAGCACUUCAUCAGAACAACUCGUCCGAUCUUCGAAGACAUCAAGGGAACGUCUGCUUCAUAUAGAAGCUCUCCAAGUUUUUACAAGGCAGGUCAUUUUACUUUACGAUGGGGAUUUUAUUGAAAAUCGGUCAGAAAAUUCGUUGGGAUCAUGACAGAUAAAUAUCCUGAAAAUGUUUCUGGAAUAAGGCGUCAAAGUCCGUAGAAAUAGGCCAGAAUUACUUUGUUCAGGUUUAGAUUUCCAGUUUCUUCGACUAAAAAAAGUCUUUUUUUUGUCUGGAAAAUCAAGGUGUAUCAUGACCAGGAAGCUUUUGAUAGCAAAGUAAACCUACCUUCCUUGUAAGGCUUCCAAAGCACCUUACGGCUUGAAUCUACUAAACCUGGCCUUCAAAGAGGAUAUAUAAUUAUCCCUCUCGGAAGUCGCCGGUCAAACUCGUUCAAUUAAAAAGAAGAAGAUUUCACACCGAUAUGAACGUAUACAACAUACAGAUGCGAACAAGUUGCGGCCAUCAAAUGGGUAAUAAUAAGGACUAUCGGCGGCGCGACUCAUAAUUGGUUAACACACCUAAAAUGGGGACUUUUGUACAGUUUGAUGAAAGAAUUUGGGGUUUGAGUGGUUUCAAGAGCCUUCGGAAUUUAUAUUUUGUCUAUUGAAGUUUGGUGCCUCCUUUUCCUUAUUCUUCCUCAACUCGAAGCUUUUUCAACUUUCAAAAAGGUUUCUGCCAGUGAAAACAUACACGAGACACGUGCGACAAGUGUACGGGGAGAUGGAUUGUGUGAACUUUGGAGGAGAAGGAGAAAAUAUUUUUCUCCUGCCCGAUUGCUUACGUUUUGUGAGCGUAUGUGUGAUGGUCCGUUUACACACAACAUUUUCGGCUGGACAGUUGCCGUCAUUUGAAUUUAUUCGUUCGCAUUUUGACAAAUUAAUCUGCCUCCCGAGCGGCGUCUGCUCUGUUCUGUUGCAAAGCGACAACGAGAAGUACAUUUACAGGAUUUUUAGUGCCCGGGGAGAAGCUUAGAUUUUUCUGAUUGAAAUGAUAAGAGUGGAAUUUAGAAAGUUUUCUCAACUAGAGCUUUUGCUUUGGUGGAAUUUUAUUAUUCAGAAAGUUCAUUAGACUUUGUGGUUUGAACUUUUUGAAAAUUUGUCUCCAGAAGCAUUUUUUUUUUUCAUCUUCCAAUUGAAAAAGUCAAUAAUUUUUUUACAACAAGGCGCUUAUCAUAAGCAUUAUCAACCUGCAAAUUUAAUUUUCACUACGAAAUUUUUUUAAAAACGGCUCACUUUUUUUGAUCACUUUUUUUUCUUUAGAAAAAGACCGUUCAGGUUUGAAGAAAUUAUAAAAAGCUAUCUUUAGAAAUUUUUCAGAAUUUGUCUACAAAACUGAAGUUUUUAAACUUGAGACUUUCAGGCUCUUGAUAGGUACACCAUAGAAUAAUCUGGUCAACUUUCAAAAAAUAGCAGAGCUCAAAGUAUAAUGACCUUCCAUGUGGGAGAAAGAGAAAUUUUCGGAGAAAUUUCGAAAAAAAUCUUCAAAUUUGAGAACACGGACCUCUCUCAAGAUUGACAGCUCUGCUGGACAGACAAACCGUGAUUUUGACAAAAAGAGGCAGAUGCCGAUAUGCUAAUCAGAGACAGUUUGGUGCGACUCGACGAGAACCCAUUAAUCCACAACAAAGACAACAAACGGCCUUGGCUCUCCGGCCACCCACUGGCUCGUGCCAUAUUGCACAGUAGCCGAGGUGACCUCGGCCAUUUAUCAAAUCAAAAAGGAGAAGGAUGCCUUUGUCGUGUUUCAGGUGAAAAAGUGGUCAUUCAGGUAAAACCUGGGGUUUGAUUCAUUGCCAACUUGAGAAAUGUGUUUUCUACCGUCGAGAGGGUUUUCGGAGGUUGCUCAUUGAAGCCUUAAAACUUUUAAUUGGUCAAUUUAGGAUAGAAAACUGCUCUGAUUUUUUUUUGGUAAAAUCUGUCUGUAGGGCAAGUCUCAACUUUCAAAACUCUUUCUUCUCUGAUAAUGACAUUUUAAAGGUUGAGAAAGAUUAAAUGGAAAAACCUGGUUUCGCAGUCUCUUUGUAGCUUAACAAACCAACAAUAAAAAAAGUCUGAAUAGACACUUUCACUUGGAACGAACACGUUGGAUAAAAAUCUCGUUGUUUUCUCACCGAAAAGGGUUUUUUUGCGCCAGCUUUUGUCUUGUUUGAAUCGAAAAGAAAAAACGCACGUUUGAGUUUUUCUCUCUCUCUGAAUGAAAAAUUUAUUAAUGGAGGUGCUGUUACAUUUCUCAAAUUUUUUUCUUCAAAAAGUACAAAUUUUCGUGCGAUUUUGAGUAGACUCUUGUCGCAUUGAAAAAAUCUUGAAGAUGCUCUGUUUUCUGGCUCUUUGCCUCGAAUCAAAUCAAUUAGACUCUUUUUUUUGUUCUGAAACGGUUGAAGUUAACGCGAAGUCCAGUUUCAAAAUAAGUUCGUCCAAGUUCCAGGACGUUUUUAAAUGACCAAAUUAGCCGAAACCGUUCCUCCCUGGAACGCUUAUCCGAUCCAGGACCUCCGAAGUCCGUAGCCAAUCAGAAGCCGCUGAUUGCCUACGUUUGAAGAGUUUGUCCUCAAGAGGACGUGGACCAAUUCACCGUUAACCCACAUUUUUGCCGUCAUCUUCAACUGAACCCCGAGACACCCAUCAAAUACACAUCAUAAACUGUUUUCUUCUUCCUCUCGAGAUCGAGGCUACGGUCGGGUGCAGCAGCAGCAACAGAGAUCGGGACAGCCGACAAGAUUCUGAUCUUGAUCGCAAUAGGCAGUACAAAUCCUUCCGCGGUCGUUCUCUUUGCGUGUUUCGCGCCAUGGCGGCGACGCUCUUGAGAGGGGCUCUAAAAUAGAUAGUUUUUGAGAUUGAGUUUAAAGACUGGAGUAUUUAACACACGUUCUCUGAGAAAGUCGAUGAACUGCAGUGAAGCCUUGGUACAAGAAUUAAGGUUUCGUUUGGAGAGUUGAAAUUAUUAUCACAGUUACUAGUCAUAAUGUGGUAACUUUGAGGCCGGUUCUGUGAGGCUCCGCCCUUCGCUGGGUUACGGUAGGACUUUUAUUAAAAUUUUCUAACUUUUUUUCUAGUUGAAACAUUCGUUUUAAAGGUGCAUGACGAGUUUCAUGUAAGGUCUCGAAGCGAAGAGCCGUUUUCAGGGAUUUCGGCCAGACUGGAAAGUAAUUUUUUCUUCGGUAUUCAUCGAGUACAAUGUCUAUUAGAACGAUCAACACGAGAUGUGGUUAUAAUUGAAAUAAUCGAGUUGGCGGCAUUUCUUGACGGGGGGCUGAAGUGAGGGCGCGUUUUUGUUUGAACAAGUUAUGAGGACCCGCUGAGAACUUCCAAAAGUAGCCGCUAUCCUCCCCAAAGAUCUGGUUAUUCGAGGCGACGAUUGGACAAUACUUGUGCGCGGUCUCUCUCUGUGUGUAUAUGAUCCAACGGGGUUGUUCGUGGCAAUAUUUCGGUUUCAAUAAGAAAACAUGAGGUUAGGGGCUGCACUCAAAGAGGCAUGUGAUGAGAAAUUUCGGCAGGAAUUGAGAGAAAGUAUACAAGAACCGAAUUUGAAGAAAGCUUCGAGCUUCUUCUCAUAAGAGCAGAAAUUUGUGAAAAUCAGAAGUAAGCCGUUAUAAUUUCGAAGUUUAAUAAGGCGUGCGCUGUUUCGGAGAAGCUUCUACGCUCUGAUGACAAAAAUGAUCAAAUCGAAGGUUUCUUUUUGAGGAAAUCACUCAAGUUCACAUUCUGAGCCUUGCUAGAAUAGCAGUGGGGAAAACUAUGGAAAAAAUGACAAGGUUUUUGAUUUUCGAGUCGAAGGUUUCCAAAAGUUUCAGUUGGAGAAAUUCUCUAUAAUAUGAGCAAUAUCGAAGUUGUCUACAAACUUUUUGAACAGUUCAAAUUAGAGAGUUAAAAAAAUUGAUUUCAAAAAAAUCAGUUUUUGUAAAAAGUUCUGAAAAAAAUUAUUAGACCCUUUUUUUCAAAGUUUUUUUGCCUUUUCUUUCCGUAGAAACUGCAGGCUAUUUUCAAAAAAUUUUAGAUUUAUAACUUUAGGGAUCGCUUCAGAUCACUUUAGGACUAUUGUAACAGCGGAGCGCGAAAUCCUCUGAAAAUUAGGCUUUCAUCUUUCGUGCCGCCAUUAAUAUGUAGCUUCUGACAUUCGGUGUGGCCAUUGUUUUCCCUCGAGAAACGUUUGGUUUGUCAACCAUAAUUUCCGAACAUUGCCUCAUCAUGUUCUCUAAUCGAUCGGCCGAGACUCUGGCCGAAACGGAUUCCCAUGGGGUUGAAGCUUUGGACCAACUUUGGCAUCUUUGAUUCGAGGGCAUUUUAGGUGGAUUUUCGAGGGAUUUUCUAGAAGUUUGGGCUCGAAAAAGUUUGAAAUGAGUUUUAGGCCUGAAAUUCGGCCAGGGAAUAAGUAAAGCUCCUUUGAAAAUCACUUGAUUUCCAGUUAACUCAAAACUUUGAAAAAGGCUGACAGUAGCUCGGGUUGAGUUAUAGGGACCUCUUCUUCCUUGAAAUUCCGAAAAAAAAGUGAGCUCUUGUGGUCAAAUUAGAUAUGUCCUUUUUUUAGUUUUUUGGAUGCGGCUUAAAAAAAAUCAGGGAUUUUCAAAACUUAAAAUAUUAUUUAAGGACAAGAAAUCAGUCCUGAGACUUUUGUCUGUGAAAAUAGGUCAUUUAGGACUGCCUAAAUGCGCUCCAUUGAUGAAAGGGAACCUAAGCUUAUUUUUGCUGAAAUCUAAAGUCAAACUCGGCUUUUAAGGGGUGAACGAUGAAAAAUAAACAACUUUCACGAUUUGUCCCUGUCUAAGCUUUUCGAAAUUUUUUUCCGAGCUUGAGAUGGCUUUAAAUAGAUGGCAGGGUAAUCCAACUCGAGCCAUGCUUUUGAACCAUAAACUCGGCCAAUUACAAGUGAUUACCGACGAUUUGCCGGUUGGCAACUGGACAAAAAACGGUUUUUGUCGGAUGAAAAGCGGCGUUUCUGUGCGAAGAAGAGAGGGCAAGGCCGUCGUAUAAAUCGUUUUACGAUGCUCUGAUGCGUCUGCCUCCGUUCGUCUUUUUUCAACCCGGUUGACGCCGCCGCCGACGUUCGAAAUGGGUGUCAGGUCUCGACUCGACGACGAGGGCAAAUUAGACCUGUCUUUAACGGCUGUUACGCUUUUUUCCGUCCUUGUUAUUUUAUGCCUGGUAGCGUUGAAAUAACAUUUUGGCGGGGACCAGUGGAGUUUUUGGCUAGAAGAGGGCUUUUGGAUAAUUCGAUUGAGCUCGUAAUUUUAGAGAUUUAAAGGUUGGAUCCAAUGAAUUUAGAGCUUGAAAGAUAAGAGCUGCCUUGCAAGGCUGUAAUGGCUUUGGCUCUGAUGAUUCCUGCUGUAAUUUUGAAACUUGUACCCAAAUGUUCUGUCUUCAUGACACUGUAAAAGAAGGUGUCACCGAAAAAUUUAAGCAGGUUCAGUGUCUUCAAAUACGCUCCAAAGAUAAUCAAAGUCUGGAGAAUUCAAACAUUUUGAGAUUUUUUCCUUUUGGAGUUUUGCUUUGCUGAUAAAUUUGGGAUCUUUUUCGAGCUUUCUUCGAGGAGGGAACAAAGUGACCCCAAGCUUGAAUGGCAGGAAGAAGGUUGUUAGAAAGCUGUUUUAUGCUUUGAAAACGUGUCAUCGCGAUGAAAUUCUAAGGUUUUUAUGAUAAUUUUCAAGCUCGGCAUGGAUUUUUAAGAGUGGUUUUAAACUUUUUAUUAAAUUGAGGAGAAUUUUUUUCUAUCUCAAAAAGCCAUAAAUCUACCAUCUCUUCACAGCCUACCGUAGCCGUGACUAAAAGCCAUCAAUUCCGAAGCUUCCGGCGCAAAUCAGUGAUAGAACAUGGCCAGAACCAGGCCCAUAUAUCAAAUCGGUAUCAGCACUUCUCGCGCCGAUGUACAGUAAUUUACGGUCCUCAGAAAACCCAGAAACGGUCAUAAAUUAAGGCGAGAGGGCGCUUCGGCCUAAUCUAUCAAAAUGCAGGGCCAAAGUUGUUGCAGUUCUUCUUCUUUUCGCCUUUUGGGUUUUUGGCGCGUUGUAAAUCAUUUAGGUCGUUCCAUCGUUCGGACCUUGAAAGUUACAAAAUGCGCCGAUUUUUAUCGUUGGAGCGCGUCUGAACAGCUUGAAACAACUUCUGACUUCAAAAGAAACUUGAAAAAGAAAACCAUAAGAAAAAAGGCUCUCAGAGAUUUUUAACAUGGCGGUAUGUUUAUUUGGUCUCAAGAAAGUUCAGAAGAUAAUUUUCCUCGGAGAUGGAAUAAUACGAUUUUUGCGUCUCCUUGCAACAGUACAAAACGUUGAAAGCUUCUCAAAAAAUUCAAAUUCAUGAAAAAAUUUCCAACUUUAUGUUUGAUUAGGCCAUAUUUCAGUCGAAGUUGAUGCAUUAGAAAACAGAUCAAAAGAUCAAUUUUUCUAACUUGACGAAAUUUCCAAAAUUUCUCGUUUGCAGUUGGUUUCGGCGACCGAUUCGGCAGCAUCAACACGAAUUCUGAAGAAUCGGACCACUUCAAGCUGCUCGCCGCCGACGGCGACUCGUUGCUCGUCGGAGCAAGGUAGUUUUUUCAGAUUUAUUUACCUUCCACCGACUCAUUUCAUGCCGGAAUCGCACCCCAAAAACGAUAAAUGGAGUGGUUGGGAAACAUUUGUUUGCCUGUUUGAAUAUAUAUUGAAUAGCGAUUUUUUGCUCUCUUUCCCGCUAGCCGUUCCUCCAUUAUGUACUCCGUUUUUUUUGUUGUUUUUUGGCGAACCGGAGCUUUUUGAUACCUCUGCCAAGGAAUUUUCUUUCCUUUUUAUAUUUUAUUGAGGGGAUUGAGAGUUCCGAUGAUUUUUUAAUCUUCAAGUUAGGGAAUUUUUAGGUUUUGGGAAGCUUUUUUAGUGUUUCUUUGUGAGGGAAGACAGAAUUCUCUCAAUUUCCUAGAUCUUAUCAAAAGGAGAAAAGAACUAAAAAGGUCAAAAAGAUUUCUUUUUUUCGAGGAAAUUAUCCAUGUUUUUACUUUUUUUCUCACAUAUGUCAGUUAUUUUUGAGCCGUAGUUCGAUCAAAAAUUUAAAAAAAGAAGAUUUUUUUACGAAUCUUGAAAUAGUUAUCAGAACAAGAUUUAGACUUACAACGCAUAUUUUGAGAGAGUUGUACCAGUGACACUCCCAUAUUUGGCUGAGUGAUGUCAGUACAAAAGCGGGGAGGAUGAGUCGUCGUGUUGUUUCUGGUGGCUGGGAAAUCCGAGAUGCUGAGGUCGAAGCACUCGACCUCCGGCUCGUCACCCAAAGACUUUUCGAAAGCCGGGGGAUCUUGAGAGUUCAUAAAUAUUCACAAGAAAGCCAAAAAGAGCCGUUUUCCCCAGCAAGGAAGGUGAUUCUGAGUUAAAUUUGGGAGUUUUGGGAAAUGGCCAAAAAAAAUUCCCGAGGUGUAUUUUCUAGAAAAUAGAAAUUUUUGUCCCUUGAGACUUUCAAGACCUUUAUUCGAAGAAUGGAACAAUUCUGGUCAACUUUAAAAGAAAGUCUUGACCGCAAUUUAUGAUGGCCUAACAAGGAAUUUGAUUUUAGCUUGACUUCGGCAAACUCCAGAAAAUGGGCUGAACCCACUUUGAUAAAUCAAAAGGAAGACCUGAAGGUCUCAAUAUGCGGAAAAUCUUAAUUUUCGAGAAAGGACAUCUCGAAAUCGAAGAAAUUCGUCAAAAUCUGUUGAAACGGACCAUUUUGAGACUUGAGCCUUUAUUUCUUGGAAACGAGGAAGUUUGGCAAGUUGAGGCUUUCAAGACCAUUAUUUGAAUCGACAAAUACUCUCAACCGCAAAGUGAAAUGGCUCUAGAGAAUCCUCUUCCUUAUUUUCUUCUGGACAAACCUUCUUUUUUCCUUACUUUUCGCUCUGAUUCCUCCGGUUAGAGGAUCCCUAAAUCAUCCAAAUACCAUCGUUUACAUAACUAAUGUGUCCGGAGGAGCAGAUGUCCUGACGUGAAGACAAACUUUUCGCCAACGACGUCUGGCGACGAAUCAAAACAGUUUUUGAGUUACGGCCAGCCACUCUCAUUGGUUUAUGGCAGGAUGACAGGCGGAAAAUAGCUCAGUGGCUUAAAGUAGUUUCUGGAGUUUGAAAGGUCGCUGGCUCGGGUCCUGUCGAAGUUCUGCCAAAUUUGAGAAGUUUUUUCAUUCUUCCGAGAAGCUGGUACUGCCCCUUUUUUGAAAAAUUUUAGUCAAGGGGCUAAAAACUCACUUCUAUCUGAAAAUUUAUCGGCAUAACCUGCUUAGACCUCAUUUUUUUUUAGGAAAUGAAAAAAGGCUCAGUUUUCAGUCUCCAUUUUACCAAAAGCCGAAAACAAGGGAAAAUGGUUUUUUUCUGGACAAAAUAGAGAACAUUUUUUCACAUUCUUAAAGCUUUCAAGAGUUUAGUUUUCAAGCCUUCAUAAUUCCACUUCAUCCAGUUUCUGGUCGAAAAAAGAAAACGCUCAAAUCACAGCCUACAGUCAUUGGAAGGCCGGAACUGUACAACAGUUUUUUCUACUUCCAUUUUUUCACGCUGUCCUUUUAACUAUCCAUGUAAUUGGAUGGCUGGGCAGAAUGGGGAAGACGUGGCAUUUCCCACGACGACGACGACGACAGCGUGACUCAACCUGCCGCUUGGACAAACACGGCCAAAGUGGCGGUUUGAACGGCCCCACAAGAAGGAAAUGGCGGGUUUCAGCUUCCGGUUGAGAGUUGAGGAAACGGAUCUUACCAGGGCAACUUUUUUGAUCCUUGGAAGCUUCUCCCGGCUGUAAAAGGGUUUAACAAGGAGCGUUUUAUUCGAAUUUUGCAAGCUUCUUUGGGUUAGAGAGCUGAGAAAACGGACUUUAUUGGGGAUUUUUCCAAGUUUAGAAAAUUCUUGUGUUAGAAAGUUGAGGGAACAGAUCUUAGAAGAAAAGAAGGCACUUCUUAAUUGGCUUCUGCAUCUGCAGAUCAUAGCUCAUCUGAAAUCUCCAAUUUUCUUCGAGGAGAUUGACCAAACCGACUGGUUUCCAUCCAGGAAGCAUGUACAGAGAAUCACUUUAGGCCCCCUUAAUUAAUUGCUUUUGCGAAAUGAACCUUGGAACGGACGGAUUUGGGAUGAAGAAAUUGCCUCGGACUUUUGAGGUCGCCAAAGGAAAAUGAUCAAAGAUUAACUUUCGGACGCUUUAGUGGCCAUGUUUCAUUGCCCAAGAACACAAGAAAAAUAAUAAUUAAAAGGAAUUUCCACAAUUACUGCAUUUUUUGGUUUCCAAAAGAAAGGAGGAAUGUCAUGAAUUUUCUUAGUUUCCAAGGCCAUUUUUUUAUCCUUGUUCUCAUGUUCGAACCUUUUCGUUUUUUUUGGCCACGCCGGAAAACGCUUCUUGGAAACUUUUUUCUUGGUUCAGAAGGAAAAAAAGUUCCGACACGGAGCAUUUGAUGCGUCGGCCCGUUUUUUGCCAGUUUUUUCCCCGCUGGUCUGAAGAAAAAUCCACUUGGCGCCUCCUUGGUACAGAAUCUUCAAGGUCGAGAGAUGUUUUUGGUUUUGAGGGACUCUUUCACUUGAGAUAACGUUAAAAAUACUUAUUUUUUGCUCCAUUUUCGUCGUAAAUUAACAUAAAUCGAAUAAGUUUUCGAAAGUUUUCGGUAGCUCCUCCGACAUAUUGACGCCGUUCCGAACGACUUUUACGAGCUAUCCGGCCGUCUGUUGAGCCAAUAAAUCUUCACCAAAAUUACCAUGUUUGUGGUUUUUCUGAAAAAAAUUUAGCACCUUUUAUUGUUGCUCUAAUUGCCUUUUGGCAGGUGGCUUUGGGAUACCCUGUGAUUAGGGGAAAAAUAAGUUAUGUCAAUUUUUGAGAGACAUUGACUCGUUUUUGAGGUUUUACUGAAACUAGACCGUUUUAAACUGAAAAAAUGCAGUUUUUCACUACUUUUCUCACUUUCUUUGAAUUGAAAGCCUUGUGGUCAUACCAGAAACAAGAAACUGUUUGAGAAUCAUGAUCAUUUCAUUUUAAUAUGCUGCUGAGGUUUUUAAAGGAGCAUUGGAAGAACUAACCAAAAAUUUGCUUUUUUUUUAACCUAGCAAAAAUGUGAAAGAAUUGGAAAACCUCUCACUUCCCAUUAUGAAAUAUGUAUGUACAUGGCGACCCUCAUAAACAUUCCCCUGAAGGUCGAACUCUAAUGGAUUUAGCACCGGAAAACGUGGUCCCGUCCUUCCGCCGCCAAUGGUAAUUGGCGCCAACUUGUUGUUCAGUUAUUCGGAUGGGUUAUGGGUUUUAGAUGGAGUUAUGGAGUUUUAGGGAUUAAAUUUUGAUGGGAUGGGAAAGAAUUGCGAAAAGAGCUAAAAUUUUGAUACCGAAUCAAGGUAGCAAAAAUAAAAAUUCGUUAAAAAAAAAUGGAAAAAUUGGGAAAAAUUGGAAAAAUAAAAAAAUGUUCCGGCUCUGAAAAACUUUUAGAGUGUGGGGGCUAAAUUCUAUCACAAAGGAAUAUGGUAAAAAAUUGAAAAAAAAUAGGUUAAAAUUGAAAAAAAAUAGUUAGAAAAAAUUAUUUUUACAAAAAAAUAAAAAUUGAGUUGAUCUUCCAACGAAAAGUCGGUGCAAGUCAGAAAAAUUUGAAAAAUUAAACUUUUUUUGAUCGCUUUUUUUGUCAAGUCAUCAUUUUUUUCCUUUUUUUCCUUAGUAUUUCGUAUAGUUUCCAUUAAUUCCUACUUUCGGUGGAUUAUUUUUCGAACGAAUUUACGAACGAAUAUAAUUUAAGAAAAAAAAAAUAGAGCCCCGAAAUUGGUUUGAACUUUGGACAGAAACGGUUCGCCCCCGAUAAUCUCCCUAUAAUGAUCCCUUGGCCUUCCUUUCAUGACCCCUAUAAUGACAAUUUGUUGCAUCGGACUGUAAUCCUUUGAUUGCUCCACUGUUUCACCACCACUAGGGGGUCUUUUUUGUAAAGAGCAUUUUUUUAGAAGGAAAAGUCAAUAAAAUUUGAAAUUUUCAGAAACGCCGUCUACAACUUGUCGCUCGCCUCCCUCAGCGUUAAUCAUGUGAGAUUUGGGGAAAAUUGUUGAAAAGAACGAUUUUUUCCAGAGAAUCGAUUGGAAGCCGCCGGCGGAACACAUUGAAGAAUGCAUUAUGAAGGGAAAAUCCAAGGUAAUAUUGUACGGAAAUUUUGAGAAAAUUGAGAUUUUUGGAAGGGUUUGGUUUUAUUUUUUACGGUAUAAGGUCUUUGAAGAAGCAUCAAAAAAUAUUUUUUGAUCAUUUGAAUAAAUAAAGCUCCAGAGGAUCUUUAGUUGAAAAAACUGCCGAACUAUAAAUUUUUUGAGCUUUUUACUAGGGUUUUUGGUUCAUUUUGUCCAGAACUCUGAACGUUGGCGCCUCAAGGCUUGCCGAAUAUUUCUCUUGAAUAGAUAAUACUAAUUUUUUUUGAUCUGAAGGAGGAAAAAAACGUCGAUUUUCAGGCCGACUGCCAGAACUACAUCCGAGUGCUGGCCAGGAAGUCCGACGGCCAUGCGUUGGUCUGCGGAACUCAUGCGUUCUCGCCGAAAUGCCGCGAAUAUGCUUACAAUUCGCAAGACGGCAGCGUCAAAAAUACGCGACAAUUCGACGGGCAGGGCAUCUCGCCGUAUGAUCCGCGCGACAAUUCCACGGCUCUUUAUAUUCCCGAAUCGAAUGAGAUUUACACGGGGACCGUUACCGACUUUGCUGGGAACGAUGCGCUGAUUUACAGGUUUGUGUGCAAGAAAAUAGAAAAAAGUACGAGUUUAGCAUAAAAAUUGAUGGUAUUUCGUUAUUUCUUUUUUAAAGAUAUUGCGACAUACGCAAAACUGAUAUUUCGCAAAGAUUGGGUCUCAAAAGGCGACUCCGAACUUCCAACUUAUUUGGGCAUUUUUCGAAGAAAUUUUCGAACCGAUUGCGAUAUAAAGUUGUAGGUCCCGUUUUUCCUAACGUUCCAUAUUUACCAGUUCAAAAGCUCCAACAGAGUUUUGAACUCAUGAGGUUUUGAAGGGAAAAAAAUCUCAUGACUUUCCUGUUUCUUCCAUUGAUUAUAGUGGAUUUCUAAGCAUUCGACUAGGUUGGGAACUGUUGUAACCAAGCUUUAAAAUUUUUGUUUCAAUGAUAAAUUUGAAGCUUAAAAAAAUACUAUCAUUUUAUCAUUUUAUCCACGAAAAACCGAGAAAAGAAAGCAAUCUUUUUCAGAAAAAGCAUCGGAGAAGGUCAAGCAGGCCGUGGUAACGUUCGAACUCAAAGAGACGACGUCAGGGUUCUUGAUGGUGAAUAAAUAAUCAAUAAAUUGAACAAAAAUGAUGAUUUAGCACCGAAUUUCGUCGCCUCGUUCACUUACAAAGAGCACAUUUAUUUCUGGUUCCGAGAGCAGGCCGCGGAAGCUGUGGACAAUAAUGAAGAGCGAGUGGUAAGAGAGCUCUUUCUCAGAAUGUCCUUUAAAAAUUUCUUUUGGUACAUUUUAGGUCACAUUUAUCUCACAAAAAUGAGUUAAUUUAUUUUUGAUCGUUUUCGAGCCAGGGACUUCAGAUAACUCUUUUUAGGUCUAUAACGUUUUUUCCUUCAAAUUCCUAUUUUAAGCAAAUCAUGGUCCUGGAAACUUUCCUGAUUUCAAUAUCCAGGUGUACGCUCGGGUUUCGCGAGUUUGUAAAAACGACCGAGGUGGUGCGAGACCGGCAAACGAACGGUGGACCUCUUUCUUGAAAGCCCGAUUGAAUUGCUCCUUGUCUUCGGCUGCUCCCUUUUAUUUUAAUGAACUCAGUGAGUUUUAGAAUUUCUGCAAAGCUGAGAAUGAAUUUUGAGUUCUAAGGUUCCUCAAGGACUACUUGGAAAGGAAACUAAAGUGGCCACUAGAACCACCUUUAUAGAAUCCUCUAAAAUUCUAAGUGAUCUAGUAGUACCACGGAGACUUCUAAAGAGAUCACUAGCUUUUAAACACUUUAAAGGCUAUGUAUUUAACUACUUCAGUGGCCACAAAAAUUCAAACCCCUGAAGUGGUCACUAAAAAUGUUGGGCUUCCAUAUAUUUUUCUAAAGUUGAAUAUGAAUACCAAGUAAAAGACCAAAGAUCCUACGAUUCAUAUUCCAGAAGCCGUGUCGGAACCGAUUGCCGCCGGCGCCAACGAUCACACCGUCUACGCUGUUUUCUCGACGCCUUCCUCAGAACUUCAGAUGAGCGCCGUCUGCGCCUUCUCGAUGAAAAGAAUCCGCGACGAGUUCGAAUACGGCUCCUUCAAAUACCAACGAACUGUCCAAUCGCUCUGGCUUCCCUAUGGACGCAACGAGAUCCCGAAGCCGAGACCUGGUACCUGCGUACCUGACUCGACCAAGCUACCUGAGGCGACCAUUUCGUUCGUCCUGAGGAAUCCGCUCAUGCAUAAGGCGAUCGAGUCGAUCGGACCGCCCUUGCUGGUCGAAGGGGCCGAUAGAGCGGAUUUGACGCAGAUUGCAGUUUUGCCCAGGGUUUGUUUUUGAUUAUCUAAGUAAUCGAUUUAAAAAAAUAAAGAAAAAAAGUCAAUUAUUUUCUUUUUGUGAGAGGUAAGCAUGGAAGAGCGCUCAAAAAUUGAUUAUAAACGGUGUUUUUGAUUGAGGAGCUUUUUCGAAAAAGGUCUUUCAUAAAAAAGUUAUUCGCUCAAAGUUGAUUGAUAGAUUUUUUUAAAAAUGAAAAAUUUUUAAUUUAUUUUUUUGCUCAGAACCUUCAUAUUAAAAAAAUUAAAUUAUUCGGCAUGAGUAAUUUGAUCGUCACCAAAAGCCUCUCCUUAUAUAGUAUUUCAUGCCAUACGGCUCCUCAGCGCAAAUACAGAGCCAUAUGGUGGAAUGAUGAUGGGCGACACGUGUUUUGUGACAAUUCCAUUUGUAUUACCAGGGAUUUCCAAAAUCUUUGUUCCAAACUUUGGAACGGAACAUUUUUUCAACGGAAAAUAAAUGUUCGUUGGCCCGUCAAAGUUGCUCCGAAGAUGCAUUAUUUUUUAUUUUUGAAGUAUUUUCAUUGCGUUUCGGAAUGUUUUAUCUUGUCGCAUAAAAUCGCCAAUAUAUUUGUAUGAAAAACGAAGAAAUAAUAAGAAUCGUUUGAAAACCUUCAAUACCAUAAGAACGUUCAUAUUCCAGGUCGAUUCGGUGAGCGACCAACGCUACGACAUCGUCUUCCUCGGCACUUCCGACGGCCGAGUUCUAAAAGUCGUCGAAAUUGCUGGAAACGCCACUGUCAUCCAGGCGACCUCCGUUUUCAACAAAGGAACUCCGAUUGUAAGUCUCUUCCAGAGCUCGAAAAUUCCCAACAAUUUACUUUUGUAGGUGAAUCUCCUGACGACGCCGACCCAUCUCGUCAUCGUCUCCGCUGAUGAAAUCGCCUCUCUGGCUGUUCAGAACUGUGCCCAACAGAGCACUUGUUCGAGAUGUGUUCAGCUGCAGGAUCCGCAUUGCGCUUGGGACUCGAAUUCUCAUAGGUAAAGGCAAAAAAAAAAUAAAGAUCAAAAAAAAUUUAUUCCGUGGUAUUCGCAAUCAUUGAUAACUUUUCAAGACUCUGUUAACUUUUCUACUCUUUGACUGUUAUUGCGAACUUAAAAAUGACAAAUGAAAUUUAGGCCCAAAAAGCAAUGAUUUUUUCAAGUUUAUUUCAAUAUUUUCUUCUUACGAAUUGCGGGCCUAAGGAGCAACCUUUCAAUGGGAAUUUUUGAAAAAAAGGUUGAAAUAUUAAAAAAAUCAAUCUAUUGAAGGCAGAAAUCGAUUUCUAUUAGGAUUUAGAAACUGUUCUCCGUUAAAUCUGAAUAAAAAACCUACAUGAAUUUCGAACUUCAUAAUUUUUGGGAGUAUAGCUCGAUUUUUCUCAAGAAAUGUAAUUUCGAUAAACAAUAAAAUAAAACUUGAAACUGUCAAGAUUUUGCAGAUGCGUGCAUCGGGACUCGUGGAGCGGCGGUCAUUAUAUCCAGAACAUGGUUUUUGGUCAGUCGGAGCAAUGUCCUGAAGGAAUCGUGGUCAAUGAAGUCUUCGGAGACGAUGGUUCAUCUUUCGAAUGGAUCGAUAUAGACGAUAUUUGAUUUCAGAAGUUCAAUCUGAACGGAUUAUGACGAGUCGAGUCGGUCAAUACACGGCUCAGAUGCUUCUUUUGGCCGUCCUCCUUGCCGCCGUCAUUUCUGGCGUCGUCGGCGUUUUUGUGAGUUUGGAAAUCCCUUCAGUGAGACCUUGAAGACUUGGAUUGCUUCAUUUUUUUUUUUCGAGAACAAGAAGAGUUGAAAAAAAAGUAAUUUUUUGGAAGAAAAGGGAAAAGUGACUGGCUGAAUAUUGUAAUGAACAUCACUUCGGUAGUUGGCGUAUAUUUGAGGUUAAAAAUUCCUUUAUCAAUCGCUUUUUUGAAAUUCUCGUUCACAAAAAGAACCUUAAAACUUAUAUGGUCUCUGGGGUUCUAUAGGGUUCUUUUUAACUUUUUUUGAAUUAUUAUUCAAUGAGUUUGGUGAGACAAAGUUCAAAAAAAUUUCAUUUCUGCACUGGUUUACUCUCAUUUCUCGUAUUUCCAGAUCGGAUUCCGGUUCUCCCGCUGGUUGACCGCAUCAGAAGCGCAUCGGUCGGCGAGCUCGACCAGCGGCUCGGACUACGACAGUUUCGGGAGGGCGCGACUCACUCGGCACGACUCUCUGACGACGGCUUCGAAGAUCGACCACGCCUACAUCGGACAGCAGCCCAAGGCGGUUGGAUCAUCUCCGGCCCUCAAGACCAACAAGACGUUCCAGUUUCAGAGCAUGGACGCCACGUCGUUGGUGCUGUCGAUGAACCAGUCCGUUCAUCAACCCCACCAUCCGAUGUCGAUCAGCCAGCACGGCAGCGGCAUCAACACCCCUUCGAGGGACAAGAACGCCAUCUUGACCUCCAUCAAUCAGAAUACGCUCCCGAGGGACUAUAAAGUUAAAAAGGUGUACUUGUAG